AUGGAAGACGAGCCGAGUAAGAUUCUGUGGAACUUGUUGGAUAUAACAGAGCAGGAUCGAUUCAUUCAGCUAGCGGAAAAAACAUUGAGUGACCUGGUGCCGGGGGCGGCAGCAAAUGCUUUGUCCGGUGCUAAAAGAUUUGGUACCAAAGAAACCAAAUUUACUGACUCGCAAACGCUAUACAACCUUGUACAGUGCCUCCCUGACCUAUCCAGCUUUGAUUGCAAUAGGUGUCUUCGGGAAGCCAUAACAAACUUGUCCACAGCUUUUCGUGGAAAGAGAGGGGGUCGUGUUCUGAAUCCUAGUUGUAACGUUAGGUAUGAAGUUUUCGCGUUUUACCAUGUACAAGCUGUUCCCGCACCAGGACCUGGGCCAAAAGGGAAAGGCAAAAGCUCAAAGGUAAUAGCUAUCGUAAUUGCUGUUACAAUUGCUUCCUCUGUUGUGCUAGAUGUAUUUCAAGCCGCAUCUGCAAGUGAAAUAACAACUGUAGAAUCCUUGCAAUUUGAUUUUGGGACAAUUGAAGUUGCAACAAACAAAUUCUCAGAUGACAACAAGAUUGGUGAAGGUGGAUUUGGUAAAGUUUACAAGGGUGCGCUACCUGAAGGGAAGGAAGUGGCAGUUAAAAGGUUCUCAAUGAAGUCAUCGCAAGGCUUAGAGGAAUUCAAAAAUGAGGUCUUACUUAUUGCAAAACUUCAACACAAUAAUCUUGUGAGGCUAUUGGGAUGUAGCAUAGAGGGAGAGGAAAAGUUACUUGUGUACGAGUUCAUGCCCAACAAAAGCCUUGAUAAUUUUAUUUUUGAUUCAAAAAGGCGCUCACAACUUGAUUGGAAGACUUACUAUAACAUAAUUAGUGGGAUUGCUAGAGGACUUCUAUAUCUUCAUGAGGACUCCAGGCUUAAAAUCAUUCAUAGAGACUUGAAGCCUAGCAAUGUGUUGUUGGACCAUAACAUGGUUGCCAAAAUAUCGGAUUUUGGAAUGGCGAGGAUCAUUUCUGAAAACCAAAACAUAGCUAACACCAAAAGAGUUGUAGGAACAUAUGGGUACAUGGCUCCAGAAUAUGCAAUGGAAGGGCUAUUCUCUGUUAAGUCCGAUGUCUUCAGCUUUGGUGUAAUCUUGCUUGAAAUUAUUAGCGGGAAAAGGAGUAGUGGCUUCUAUCUCACUGAACAUUCGCAGACACUCCUUGCAUAUGCAUGGAGACUGUGGAAUGAAGAUAAAGUGAUAGAGUUUGUGGACAACUUCUUGAUGGAAUCAGGUUCGACAUCAGAAAUUGUAAAGUGCAUACAUAUCGGACUUUUGUGUGUUGAGGAAAAUCCGCAAGACAGACCCACCAUGUCGACUGUGGUAGUUAUGUUGGCAAGUGAAUCAAUAGCUCUUCCUGAACCAAAGCACCCUGCAUUUUCUGUGGCUAAAUUCAUGUCGACGGAUGAAAUCUCUAUAAAUGAGCUAAGUAUUUCUACCAUUGUACCAAAAUGAACGCUUACAACUGUACAAGAUUGCCGUUGGGUUUUGCAUGAUGGUGAACUUAAUGUUGUACCCUUAAUUUCUAUAAAAUAGGAUAGGAUACGUAUUGGAAUUUGGGAAGGAAGGUCCAGCUAAUUGAGUAAAUGAUUGUACUGUACAAACUACAAAGUUAUUAAAUAAUAAUGUAUUUUGUAUAAAAAUGUUUUUCAAUUUUCAAAUUGAAAAAGGAAAUUUCAAUUGUAAUUAAUAAAAAAAGUGAUUUUUUGUGUUGAA